AUGCCUCUGCGCCCCCUCCGACCCAACCGCAGCGAGAAGGACCUCAAGCGCCGAAGCACCCUCGAUCCCGCCGGCCUCUUCAAGCGGGGGGAUAAGCUGAACAAGUCGGCAGAGUAUCUGGGAGAUGCGCGCCAUGCUGCGUCCGAGGAUGGCGGCGUGCGCCCGCAAUCGAGCAGCCGUGUCGACGAGCCGCGGGAGUCGUGGACAGCCAACGACGAGAACCGCCCGCCUACGCCGCCCGUCCAGGAACACACGCCUCUGACCCGCCGCUUCAGUCUGAUGCGCUUCCGCCACGCCUCCGACUCGCAAUUGUCCAUGCGCGCGAAGGAACAAGCUGCAGAAGACGCCCCGCCCGUUCCCGCAGUGCCCGCGAAUGCAUCCGACAGUAUGUAUCACCAUGACGCACUACGGUUGCGACCAGUACUGACACAUGUUGCUGCAGCGCCCGCAAUCAUCACCACCGCGCCGACCAUGGUUAUAUCCGAGGAGCAAGGGGAGCAGGCACCCAAGAAGCGCGGUCGGCUGCAGCAAUUGAGCUUGCGUAGACGCUCGUUCGACCCGAGCUCGGUGGACAGGCCCGGCAUUCUGCGGAAAUCGGCAGACAAGAAGAGCAGUAUGGACGUGAAGAGGUCGGCAUUUGGUUUUGGGAAGAGCAAGGACAAUCUGCUCGAAGAGUCGGGGCGCUUGUCAACUAACCAGCGGCCAGACACGCUUGCCGAAUCUGCUCACGAAGAUGCGGAAGGCAAGUCUUCUCUGUCGCUUCCUGUUCCACGGCAAUCAGAUUCCUCCCGAUCCGACGGCAGCUCUACCGGCCAUGUCUCGUUUGAGAACACUCCCAAGCCGCGGCGCACGCCCAAGUUACACUCUGGCCGUAGCUUCUUUGGCCGCAAGAAACAGCAAGCAUCGUUAUUCCCUCUACCUAUGAAAAUCACCCCUCCCGAGUUUCCUGAUACAGCACCAGCGACACCACGCGCGUCAACAAGCGGCAUCAGCAGCGGUUCUGCUCACCACUCUCCUGGUGCCGAAAGCCCCCCUCUUACCGCCAUACAUGACCGCCGUCAUCUGGAGAAUGGAUCGAGAGCAGCGCCGAUGCCUUCCCCGUCGCAAGUGGCUUUGACUGCUGCAAACAUGAAUUUAUCCUCACCCCAAGCAGGUGCGCUACUCCGCAACGACUCUCAAAGGUCCAUACAAUCCGCUCGCUCCUCGCCCCAUGCGCCCAGACCAAAAAUAUUGGGCCUGCGGGGCCGGUCGUCCACUAUGGGUUCGCUAGGUGGCUUAUCCGAUGACGAUCCACCCCCUACACCGCCCUAUGCUACCAGCGGAAGGAACUCGACGUCCACAGCGGGAAGGAGCAGCUUUAGCAAUCUAUUCGGGCUCAGUUCCAGAUUCCGUCAGAACUCCGAACCGUAUUCGCCCCGUCACGGCUCCCCCGCUCACGGUGGUACAGGCACCCCCGGUCUCAUGUCUCAUCAGAAUUCGAUGAAUAUCAGCCGCGAAGCAUUGGUCAUGCCAGAGCGAGAAGAGGGCGAGACACCUGGUCAUUAUCUGGAGCGCAUCGAGGAAAACAAUUUUGGCAAGAGCGCGAUCGCUGCCUAUUUGACGAAAACCGAAGAUGCAUUCCUGCUCGCGGUUCUGCGGAGUUACAUGCGGAAGUUUGCCUUCUUUGGAGAUCCGAUCGACAUGGCUAUUCGGAAGCUACUCAUGCAGGUUGAACUUCCAAAAGAAACACAACAGAUCGAUCGCGUUCUACAGGGUUUCUCCGACCGAUAUCACGAAUGCAACCCCGGGAUAUAUAUCAAUCCAGACAAGGCUUAUUUCAUCUCGUUCUCCGUCAUCAUCCUGCAUACUGAUUUCUUCAAUAAAAAUAACAAGCGAAAGAUGCAAAGAGGUGAUUACAUUAAGAAUUCAUCUUGCGAUGGUGUCUCAGAGGACGUGCUUGGUUGCAUCUACGACAAUGUUGUGUAUACUCCAUUCAUCCACAUUGAAGAUGACGUUGAUCUGAAAACCAUUUCUUCGAAACGAAGCAAACGAACCGCCGUGUUGAAGGGUCCCAUGAAUGACCCAGCGAGGAAGGCUGCCCGCGAGCCCAUUGAUCCAUAUACCCUAAUAUUCGAGGGCAAGCUGGACGUUCUCCGGCCGAACAUCAAAGAGGUGAUGAAUUUAGAUGAUCCAUACAAUUACCUCGGAACUGCACCUACUCUAGAUACUAAGACUCUCUGGAGGUCUUUCUCGAGAUUCGGUAUCAUUCAGAUUGUAUCCUCUCGAUCCAGACCGGAAGCUUUCAUGUCUCAAGACAGCCAGGACAAUCCGCAAGAGAGCUCGGUUGGUAUUGUCGAGAUGCCCGUCACCAAGGUUGGGGUUUUGUGGAGAAAGGAUAACAAGCGAAAGAAAACCAGGUCACCUUGGCAAGAAUGGGGUGCUAUCUUGACUCGCUCGGGUCUUUCACUGUUCCGGAAUUCCAGCUGGGCAAAGAAUUUGAUGCACCAGCACGAGCAGCAUGAAAAGCAGGGCGACACAAGUCCGGUCCAUUUCCAACCGCCUCUACAAGAGUUCAAACAAGACCACAUGAUUCCAAUGGAUGGUGCGGUCGCGCUCGUGGACAAUACGUAUAAGAAACACAAGAACUCGUUUGUCAUGUUCUCCAGGGUUGGCGAAGAAACGUUUCUUGCGGAUAGCGAGAAGGACUUGAAUGACUGGCUGGCAAUGCUAAACUACACUGCUGCCCACGAGACACUUGGUGUACGGCCGCGCGGGCUGCAAGGAGACCUCUAUGAAGGACAAAGGAACCGGGCGAUUCGACGUGGUGAAUCCUCGGCGUCGACAAAGACACUAACCUCGCCGACAGGAGAAGUAACGCACCGCAGUGGAGCCAUCGACAAAGAGCUUCAGGCACAGAUGCGCCAAGCGCGGAAAGAUCUGAUGCAAACCCGCAUUUCAGAAUCCGAAGAGCGACUAACCGAAGCAAUAAGGCAGCUAGAAGGUCGAUUGAGGGACGCUCGGCAUCUUCAGAUCCUGGCACCUAUCCAGCCCAAGACCCGGGAACUUGUCAUACACGCAGCAGGACGAUUAUCGGCCAAGCUCAAGUGGGCCCGUAUCGAAAUAUGGCGCAUGAAGUGUCAUCGAGAUAUCCUCGCACAAGUUUUGGAGGAUGAGAAGCACACACAUCUCGGUGCUCCAGCGCCAACCGAACGCGCUACAUCCACGUCGCAGGCGUCUGAUCACAAAUCGUCCAGAGCAUCAAGGAUUGGCAGCCUAGCGCGCCUCAGCUCGAAGACGAGUUCUCUGACCAACAACGCGAAACCGCCCCUUUCACCAACAUCUAUACGACCAGAGACUAAAUCUUCGCGAGACUCCGAUUUCGGUGUGGACGACAUGUUUAGGACGCCACCAGAAACCACACACUCCAGUCCCAACAUGACACCGACUCCUUAUACUCUCCCUCCGAUCAAUCUUAGCCCACGAGUAUCGGCACACCGACCAUCCAAGACCAGCUCAAUGGCCCAGAGUCCUAUUCUUUUCCCUAACGACCACCGUCCAUCCAUAUCUACUGCCGAUGAGUUGGCCAUCAGUUCCGAUGGCGCGUCUGAUGCUGGAUCGCAGUAUACAACGCCACCACAUUCGAUCGACCGCCAGAGGCCUUCUGUUGAUGUCCAGAGGCCAGACCCCAGAACACCCGACCUGCCAACGGAUGGACUGCGUCUGGACAAUGACUCCGAGUCAGAAGCCGAUCAACCACCAGCUGCGUUGACAGGGUCGCCCGAAUCACGCUCCAAGGUCCGUAGGAGUCUGCACCGCACACUGCGAGAGUCGCAUGGCAGCUCUUCGCAUCGCCGUGGGCAUAAAGCUAGAGACUCUGCGUCAACCAUCAUGAGCAAUGAAUCGGACGGGGAGGGUCUAGCGCGCACCCAUGGAAGCUUCACUGUGCAUGGAAAGAAAGCUUCUGUCAUCCAAUUCGGCCCUGAUUGGCACAACACGUCUGCAGAAGAGCGACUCAAGACCAGGAAGCAGGCGCAGGAGGCCAUGGAAGAAGCCGGCUCUGCAGACGAACGGGGUAGCAGUAUCGUCAGCGACAGUGCUGUGGCCGCGCGCGAGGGUGCUGUGGCUGCGCUUGCUUCUACAGCGAUGGAGACCGCCGCACGACUGCCUGCGUCCAGCGAGGUUCGCAAGCAACGACAUGUCUCCUCGCAAACGAUCACACCUACUAGCUACAAGCAAUCUCUCGAGGGUCACGAGAGCGAUUCGGACGCUGCAUCUCAGAUGAGCGAGAUACAAGAGGAGUCUCAGCGGGAGUCGCCCAAACACUCUGAGGAGGGUCCACGACGCGCGUCUACCGAAGAAGAGCACUCGAGGACGCACCUCACGGGCCCGCAGUCGCAGAGCGUUGAAGCAUAG